UUCACCAUAUUUCAGUGCAUAUUUGUACGGGGAUUUUUAAGGUGUUUGACCUUUUUGUUUCUGGCUGUAGCGAUUGAAUUUACUGUAGUUAUGAAGGUAGCAGUGAUUGGAUCAGGGGCCUCCGGUCUCACAGCGAUGAAAGCAUGCCUUGAAGAAGGUCUUCAACCAGUUUGUUUUGAACAAGAGGACACCAUCGGCGGUUUGUGGAACUUUACUGAAGAAGAACGCCACAGUUCCGUGUAUCGUUCUAYUGUGAUCAACACCAGCAAAGAAAUGAUGUGUUUCUCCGAUUUUCCAAUUCCUAAAGAUUUCUCUCCGUUUAUGCAUAACACAAAAGUCAUGGAGUACUUCCAUCUUUACGCCAAACACUUUGAUUUGUACAAAUAUAUUCGUUUUCAAACCAAAGUYCUKGAYGUUUGUAAGGCCGACGAUCAYGACGAAACKGGUAACUGGGUUGUAACAUCUGUCARUGUAGAUYCAUCRCCAAACCAGGAAAAGAAAGAGGUUUUCAAUGCGGUUAUGGUAUGCAUAGGUCACCAUGCGUAUCCUAACUGGCCCAGUCCACCAUUCCAGGGAAUGGACAUCUUCAAGGGUGUCAAAAUGCACAGUCAUGCUUACAAAGAUUUCAAGAAAUUCCAAGGAAAGUCAGUUGUCGUUGUAGGUAUUGGUAAUUCUGGUGGUGAUAUUUCUGUUGAACUAAGYCGAGGUCAUGCAKCAAAAGUAUAUCUAAGCACUAGAAAAGGAAGCUGGGUUUUCUCUAGACUUCACAACAGCGGUAAACCUAUUGAUCAUUUUUUUGCAAGGCGUGUAAUGAGCAUCCUUCCUCCAUCAGUACUUGGGGGUUUGUUAAAGGCAGAUUUGAACAAGAAAUUUGAUCAUAAAGUGUUUGGACUGGAGCCAARYYAUUUACCUUUUCAACAACACCCAAUGGUAAAUGAUGAUCUUCCUAUYAGGAUUCUGAAUGGAACCAUAACUGUAAAACCAAACAUUGACCACUUCACCGAGUCAGGUGUGGUAUUCACUGACGGCACUAGUGUUGACCAGGUAGAUGUUGUAAUAUUUGCCACUGGYUACCGCAUUGGAUUUCCUUUCCUUGAUAAGUCAAUUAUUGAUGUUGAGGACAACAAAGUCACCCUGUACAAGUAUAUGUUUCCACCACACCUCACAAAGUCAACCCUUGCUGUGAUUGGCUGCUUCCAACCAUUAGGGGCUAUCAAUCCGAUAGUGGAUUUACAAAGCCGAUGGGCAACACUGGUCUUUAAGGGGAGCCGUUUGCUUCCAUCAGAAUCUGAAAUGAUGAAAGACAUCAACAUGAAAAAAGAAGCCAUGGCAAAAAGAUACUAUGCUUCUAAACGGCACACAAUACAGGUGGAUUACAUUCCAUACAGUGAUGAACUGGCUGAACAAAUUGGUUGCAAGCCUUCCUGGGUUAAACUCUUUUUAACAGACCCAGUCCUUGCCUAUUAUUGCCUCACUGGUCCCUGCACCCCACCACAGUACCGUCUAGUGGGUCCUGGUACUUGGUCAGGUGCAAGAGAAGCAAUAAUGAAAGCUGAUGACAAUGUCAUGUAUUCAACAAGAUCAAGAACAGUCCAGCAUGACAAUCCUGACAAGCUCUGGGCWGYUGCUAAACUGAUGAUUGUGYUCAUGAUUGUUGUUGCAUUACUUAUCAAACUGUUCUCUUAGAUUAGAUGAAAACAGCUUAAGCCACUCUUAUCAUAAUAUAAUUUUAUCUUAAAAGAUUUAUCAUCAGCCUCAAAUUUUCAAAAAGAUGAUUGGGACUAUCUUCACAGGAAAGAUGAAUGAAGAUGAAACCUGUAAUGUCAUGAAUUAAGUAACAUGAUUCAUACACCGAGGAAAAAUAUAUCAAGACAAUGUAUAUUAUCUAUAUUAUUUACAAUGUAUAAAAGGUGAUAAAAAAGUAAUUCCUUUGUAAAAAGAAUUAUAAUAAAUCUUUCAGAAAAUUAU